AUGGGCCCCUGCAAGCCCCGUACCUUUACAGCUGGUCAGGAUCCGCUGAGGAAGUUCGAUGGAGCCAUCUCCGUCAGGACUUUGCCACGACCUCCGGAUCGCCUAUUCCUCUUCCAUGGAAUCAUGCGGCCCAGUCGCGGCAUCUAUGCUAAGCUGAUCGCCACUGGGAAAAAACUGCCCACCCAUUUCCAUCCCUCGCAGUGGGAAUUUUUCCGCGUUCUCCGGGGCAAUCUCACGAUCUAUAUCAAUGGGCAUCCGACUCACCGUACGCCUAGUGAUGGCGAACUGGCAGUGCCUCCCUACUCCCAUCACGUUAUUUACGACACCCCUGGCACAGAGAUGGAUGAAGUUGAAUUUGUCGUUAGCGCCAGUGAUCCGGGUGAGGAUGCGGAUGUUGCCACGUUCAUGGACCAGUCCUUUUUCGAGAAUUGGUAUGGUUACCAGGAGGAUGUCUUCCAACGGGGAGAGAAGCUGGACUUUUUACAAGUGCUCUCGAUGUUUGAUGCUGGAGGCACCUAUCUCUCUCCACCGUGGUUUGCCGAUCCACAAGCACAAAAUCGAGCAUGGGAAAAGUUUCGUGAACAACUGGAGCAGGAGGCAAAGGCCAAGAAAGAGAAAAAUGAGUAG